AUGCAGGUCCCCAGGCCAGGGCCACUGUGUCGGGUCUGGUGGGUAGAGACCAGGUGCAUAUUGCUGGUCCUGUUCCUCUCUGGGUGUCCCAAGUCAGGUCCCUCAGAGUGAUUCUCUUGGAGUAUCCCCUGGCAAACCCCUCCAGCAGUCACCACCACCUGGGCACACACCCCCAGGGGACCCCCCUGACCUAACACCACCCGGCACCUCCCCUCGGGAAUCCCCCCCAACCCUGGCUGCUUCCCCACUUUGCCCCACUGUGCAGGUGGAUCCAUGGAGGCCAGAUCCAGUGGGAGCAAAGACAGCUUAUUCUGGUGGUUGGUGCCUGUGAUAAGGCCCACCUCAGGUGUUCUUGAAGCCCCUUUCUUUUGGGGGGCACAGUAUGGCCUCUUCAGGAAGCUCUGCUCUGGAUCUGAGCAGCUGGGAGGAGGCAGUAGGGACAGAGGCUGAGGAGAGGACAGAAAUGAGGUCCCAUGGGAGAGACAGAGCUCAGCUCUCCACAGAGGGCUGACCUCCCACAGGUGGGAGACAAAAGACGAAACCUGCUUUAAGGGGAGCCCCAUGCCUGUGUGGGGCAGGCACUGGUGAUGCUGUGUGGUGAGGACAGCACAGAGGUUGGGGUGGGGGGACUCAGCCUGGGCAGGGGCAGGGAGGGGGUGGGAGGGCCACUGGAGAGAGGCCCGGCCAAAGAGGAUGUCAGGGGCUCAGCACCCCCAGGCGCCAGGCACCUGCCGAGCACUGCAGCCACGCUUGUGGUUCACCUGCACUUGGAGACUUGCACAGGCGCCUCUCCUCCACCAGCAGCUCCAACUUUGUCCCUCCCACAGCAGCUGGGCCCUCUGCACCUGAGUGCCUCCCUCCACACCUGGCUGCCCGUUGUGUGGUUGCAGCUGUGGGUCGCGUGGGCCUGGCCGGCUAACUCUCUCUCUCAUUGCUCUCUCCUGCCCAUCUGCAUGUGGCUGCUCUGUCGAGCUGCGCCGUGGUCCCGAGCGCCGGCUGUGCUCUUCAGCAGCCUCGGUGAGCUGAGCUCCAUUUCAGCGCAGCGCAGCCCCGGGGGCCCGGGCGGCGGGGCCUCCUACUCGUCGUCCAGCCUCUCCAUCCCGCACGAGCCCAAGGAGGUGCGCUUCGUGGUGCGCAGCGUGAGCGCGCGCAGCCGCUCCCCCUCGCCGUCGCCGCUGCCCUCGCCCGCGUCCGGCCCCGGCCCCGGCGCCCCCGGCCCACGCCGACCCUUCCAGCAGAAGCCGCUGCAGCUCUGGAGCAAGUUCGACGUGGGCGACUGGCUGGAGAGCAUCCACCUGGGCGAGCACCGCGACCGCUUCGAGGACCAUGAGAUAGAAGGCGCGCACCUGCCCGCGCUUACCAAGGACGACUUCGUGGAGCUGGGCGUCACGCGCGUGGGCCACCGCAUGAACAUCGAGCGCGCGCUCAGGCAGCUGGACGGCAGCUGACGCCCCACCCCCGCUCCCGCCCCGGCCGUGCCCUGCCGGCAGGGCCCCCCACCCCCACCCCGGGCCGCGGGCUCGGCCUGCCCCUAACGACGGCGCCCGGGCCAGGAAUGUUGCAUGAAUCGUCCUGUUUGCUGUUGCUCGGAGACUCGCCCUGUACAUUGCUUAGUGCUCUCACCGGCCGCCCAGCCCACCCAGCACACAGUCAGGAAGGGCGUGGACCAGCGAGGCUGGGGCGGGAGGGGCCGGGGGUGGGAUGCUCUAGCCUGACCACCGCCUUCACAGCUCCUGGUGGCCAUUCUCCCAGAGGGGGAACCUAGUCCAGCAUGCGAGGUCAGGACCCGCCUUGGUGACUCGGGGGGAGGGGGGAGACAUUGGGAUUCUCGAUGGGGGCCAAGGAGCCCCCCCUGUUUUGCAUAUUUUAAUCCACUCUAUAUUUGGAACGAGAAAAGGAACAAAUAUCUCUGUCCGUAAUAGUUUCCUCUCCCCUCCCUUCUACUUCCACUGGUCCCACUGCAGCUGCCCAGUCUUCCAUCUCCGGCCCCUCACUGCCACUGCCACCCCACAACGGGGCAGGGGACGCUCCAGCUGGUCUGGGGUUGGCCAGGGCCCUAGUGGUCCGCCCUGGGGCCCCGGCUCGGCCCCUCCCCUCGCUGAGCUCUAGUGUGCCCCACCGACCUUUCAGGUGCUGCUCGUGGGGGGAGGGGCGGCAGGCCGCGGGUCCUGCUGUGCACCCGCGGGACCAGCCGGCCUGGGAGACCAUCGGCCGGGGGGGUGAGGGCAGGGCCCUGCCGCUCCACCGCAGCCAUCUUCCUCACAGGGUCUCUCCCCAAGGAGGGGGCCAGUUGGGUCCCCAUGCUCUUGGGCAACUACAGCAGAGAAGCCUCCCUGCCUUGGACCCCAAAGUCUCCUGUCCUGCCCUUUGUGUGUGUGGGUGAAACUGGGUGCGUCUGAGCACGUGGGAGCCACGUGUGUGCCUGAUUACUGAGUGGCCCAGGGGCCGCUCUGGACUAGCGUGGGGCUGUGGAGGCGUGCACAGUGUGCAUGCAUGGGGUGUGCCUGUGAAAGCACCCUGUCUCCUCUUCCAAAGAAAGUCCGAGGCCAUCCUUCGCCCUGGGUCCUGCUGUUUGCCCAGCCUGUCCUUCCAGAGCCUCACCCAGCCUGAGCGGGGGUCCCUGGUGAAUCCCUGCUGCUUGGGGAGGCCCCAAGGGCCCCUUGGAGGCAGCGCCCCCACCUUGGGCUUCUGAGGGGAUCCUAGGGGGACCCCUAGAGUCAGGCCACCACUGGCCCUGGGGAGAGUCAAAGGCCCCCGAGGGUGCCCAGCCCCCCACACUGUGACUCCUCACACUCAGCAAUGACCUGUGGGGUGGGGGCCCUGGGACGUUUUUAAACCUAGGGUUUGGAGUCUGGACUAAGCUCCAUCCACGUCACUCACAAGUUUCUGUUUAUAUUUCUAGCUUUUUUUAAUAAAAUAAAAAAAAAGACAGAAAACAGAAGUUUUCACAACCCAGGGGCCUGGCACGCCGGUCUGUGCCUGCCCGCCCCGCCCUGGCCCACCGGCCCCACUCCCUGGGCGCAGAGUCACACCCACUCACCCUUCCGCCAACAGUCCAGGUCACACAGCAGCAGUCACUGUAACAGACUGCCACAUACACACUCGGUCUCACACUCACCUGUGGGUUUUGGUUCCGUUCAAUUUGGGUUUUUAACUUUACAGGGUCAGUUCCGCUUCACCUCCUUUUGUAUGGAGUUCCAUCCGGGGGGUUUCACCCCCUGCUCCAGUCCUGAGGCCUCCUGACCCUGACGUUGUGAUACACCCCACAGAGAUCUAUGUUUCUUAUAUUAUUAUUGAUAAUAAUUAUUAUAAUAUUAUUAUGUAAUAAAUUUAUAAGAAAUGAA